AUGUCAGAAAUUGUCUCAGCAAUUCCAACCAGCGGCGGCCCUUACUUCUGGUCUGCUGUUCUCGCGAAACCUUCCGAAUCUGCACUUGCAGCAUGGAUCACCGGCUGGUUCAAUUUGGUUGGACAAGUAGCAGUCACAACAGGAAUCAGCUAUGGAUGCGCAAAUCUCAUCUCAUCCACUGCUGCAAUCAUUCAUCCGGAUCGAUAUACACCCACCUCGGGAACAAUCAUCGGGAUUCAUGCUGGCCUUCUCAUCUCUCAUGGACUUAUCAACACUUUCGGUGUUGGGCUUUUGAGACUAUUCAAUCAUUCUUCCAUUAUUUUGCACUCUCUAGGUGUAGGCUCGUUGGCUAUUGCUUUGUUAGCAAAGGCUAGAUUCCAUCAAACUUCUCAAUUCGUAUUUUUCAAGUUCUAUGACGGCACUGGUGGCUGGAGCGAGCGCGCCUCACCCGCAUACGUAGCUGCUUGUGGAAUUUUAUGUGCAUAUACCAUCACCGGGUUUGAUGCAAGUGCUCACAUGUCCGAGGAAACCAAGAAUGCAGCAUGGUCAGCGCCGCUUGGAGUAUUAACAUCGAUCAUAGUUUCGGCGAUAUUCGGCUUUGGAAUAAUUCUAGCAUUCCUGUUUUCGAUGCAAGAUUUCGAGGAAACUCUCAGUGCCCCACAACCCGUCUUCAAAAUCAUGGUGGACGUCUUUGGGCCCGUUGGGGCGCAGAUUGCAAUGAGUUUGAUCAUCCUGUGCGUUUGGCACUGUGGAUUGUUCUCCGUGACAAGUAAUAGCAGAAUGAUGUACGCAUUUGCAAGAGAUGGUGGUCUGCCUCGAAAUAUCUUCGGUGUGGUUGAUCGCAGAUUCGAUUGUCCCAUCAAUACCGUUUGGCUCUCAGUGGUUUUGGCUUUUCUACUAGCCCUGCCAAGUCUUGGCUCGUCCGUUGCUUUCACCGCCGCUACGAGUAUCGCAACGAUUGGAUUAUACAUAUCGUAUGGGUUGCCGAUACUUUUGUCAGUCAUCUGGGAUGAACGAUUCAAAAAGGGACCAUUCCGUUUACAUGGAUUCUCAAUGCCAAUCAGAAUCAUUUCAUGUUUAUGGAUCAUCGUUAUUACUGUGUUUUUCUGCCUUCCAACUAGCACUCCAAUCUCACGAGAGACUUUGAAUUAUACGCCUGUAGUUUUAGGUAUUCUGAUUACUUGGAUUAUCCUAUCUUGGAUAUUUUGGGCUAGUCGAUCGUUCAGUGGACCAUGCAACUCUGGUUCAAAUCUCUUGGAUGCUAAUAAAACGUACCUUUAGGUCAAAAUAAAACCUCAACCUAAGCACAAGUUUGUAAAGCAGUUUUUAACACUUGGAUUGACGAAACAAAUUUGCAAAUUGAUACUAUGAAGUUCUCCAUUGCUCUUCGCUAUGUCAUGAUUCAUCUGGAAUUUACAUCUACAUUUCCAUUGCUGCAUGUAAGAAAUUCUAUGUAGUGCGAUUUUCCUUGCCUGGUCCUCGGAGUGGAUUUGCCAUAUCUAAGGAACAUCUUCGAACUAGGAUACAUAGUCAAAAUUAUUGACCACAUCUAGAGUUAUCCCAUUUUUGUCGCGGUUUUUGUCAGUACCCUGUUGGGUGAAAGUCAGCAGUCACGCCAAAAUAUUGACCCAAAUCAAUAUUCUAGCUUUUGUUAACCCCCUGAUCAUUCAUUG